GCCUUGCGCAGGCGCAGUGUUGCCGGGCGGCCCAAGAUGGCGGCUGUGUGCUCCUCACGCUGGCUGAAGGAGGCAGCGGCGGCGAUGAUGGCGGGCGGCGGGGCGCAGAGGCGGCUACUGUUGCUACGCCUGGCCCGGGGGCUGAGUGGGGGCCCCGGAAGGCCCUUCGCGCCUCGCCCGGUCUGGGCCCCCAGGCUCGGAAGCGGCAUUGAAAUGAGGUCCCAUCCACUUGUUUGCACUGCCGCCGCCUCAUUCCACACCAGUUCAAUCAGUAGCGCCAAGGAGGAUUAUUACCAGGUUCUGGGGGUCCCUCGCAGUGCCACCCAGAAGGAGAUCAAGAAAGCCUAUUACCAGCUUGCCAAGAAGUACCACCCGGACACCAACAAAGAAGACCCUAAAGCGAAGGAGAAGUUUUCCCAAUUGGCUGAAGCCUAUGAGGUUUUGGGCGACGAAGUGAAGCGGAAGCAGUACGACACUUACGGGGCAGCAGGCUUUGACCCUGGCUCUGCAGGGACUGGACAGCAAUAUUGGCGAGGAGGCCCUUCGGUGGAUCCUGAGGAACUCUUCCGGAAAAUCUUUGGGGAGUUUUCGGGGUCACCUUUUGGGGAUUUUCACACUGUUUUCGACCAGCCCCAAGAGUACGUCAUGGACCUGACGUUCAAUCAGGCUGCAAAAGGGGUGAACAAGGAAAUUGCGGUGAGCAUCAACGAUGCCUGCCAGCGGUGCGACGGCAAAGGGAACGAACCAGGCACCAAAGUCCAGCACUGCCACUACUGCAACGGAACGGGAAUGGAGACAAUCAACACGGGGCCCUUUGUCAUGCGCUCAACGUGCCGGCGCUGCAGCGGACGUGGUUCUGUGAUGACCACCCCUUGCGCUCUUUGCCGCGGCACCGGCCAGACCAAGCAGAAGAAGACGGUCGUGGUCCCAGUCCCGGCAGGAGUGGAGGAUGGUCAGACUGUGCGCAUGCCGGUUGGGAAGAAGGAGAUUUUCAUUACCUUCCGGGUCCAGAAGAGCUCUGUCUUCCGGAGGGACGGUGCGGACAUUCACUCGGACCUCUACAUCUCUAUCGCCCAAGCCGUCCUCGGGGGCACGGCCAGGUCGCCGGGGCUAUAUGAGACCAUCAGCAUCGUGAUCCCACCGGGCAUCCAGGCCGACCAGAGGAUUCGGAUGAGCGGGAAGGGCAUUCCCAGAGUCAACAGUUACGGCUAUGGAGACCACUACAUUCACAUCAAGAUCAAGAUUCCCAAGAAGUUGACAGACCGGCAGCGGGCUCUGAUGCAGAGCUAUGGUGAGGACGAGACUGACGUGGAAGGGACCGUGAAUGGCAUUACAAACACCACGACUGGUGGUGGCAGGGGCCCGGCUGAACCGGGGGCAGGCGCCGAGAGUCCCGAGGCAGGGGGCGGCACGCAGGGAUUCCUAGCUAAACUUAAGAGGAUGUUUAGCUCCUGAUUGAGGGAAACGUUCUGCCAGCCACUAGGCACAAGUGGCAGCUGCCCGGUAGCCACAGUGUCCUCGAGGAGGGGGAAGAUGGACACCUCACCCCUGGCUUGGCGUGACGACUGCCCUCGUAUGCAGAGGGGCCACCUCUGUCCCAGGAACUACAGAGAGGAGUCUUGGGUUCCCUUCCACUUGGUGAAACCUUGGCUCUUCUGGACAGAUGUCACUCUCCUCUGCUUGGUGGGAGCCACCUGAACUCUGAAAACUAAAAAUGCACACUUAGCUCUUUAUGAAGUUCUUCCAUCCCAAAGGUUGCAAAGCUACAGAAAGCGUUCCUGAUAUCAGCCAGUCUCCUGGCCCCAAAGGAGAGGUCCUGCUGUGUGUUGUAAGAGGCCGUGUGGCCACGGGAUGCUACGGAUGUGUGUGACCUUUCCUUUGCAGUCACUCUCUUAGGUCAGGUACCUUCCCUGCAAAUGGAAGGGAAGCAUUUCCUGUUCGGUUCCUUGUUUCAAAGUCUUGAGGCCAGUGAGGGUUCGAGGGGUGGCUGUGCCCAGCUCCUUCUGGACCUUUGCACGGCAGACUGGCUCUUCUACGAGGAUGGCGAGUGUUCCCACCCCAAUUCCAGGAGCCAGGGCCUAUCGCUUCCCAUUGCAUGUGCACGGCAGGCGCAGGGGCCCUCAGUGUCUGCAUGGCAGCGACAGGAACAAGGCCACUAUCAUGGAAACCCUGUGUGUGGAGUGUCCAUUCCUCUUGUGUCCCACUUGGCCUGAGAGCCUCUGAAGGAAAUAAUGUUGAGCUCCGCAUCCUCCAGAGCUCCCUGCAGCAGCAGAGACUGACCAGUGGUCCUCAGUGACUGACAGGUAGUCCAUUUACAUGCAUCUUAAAUCGCCUCCUGGUUGUUUUGGCCUGCAUUGAGGCUCUGUGGUGGUGUGAAGGAGAAGGCUGUUCAAUAAAGAUGUUUAGAAUCCA